AUGGUCGGUCGCAGCCCAAGCACAUGCCCCCUCCGCCGUCCAAGAACUUGGAAUGUAGACCGAAGGAGUCUCGGGGGAGAGAGCAGCUGACAUGAUCUUGUCCAUUUCUGCCGUUCCGUCGACAUUUUAUUGGUCCCUUUCUUUUCUCUAGAUCUGCUUAUGUUUCCUUAUGGAAAACGCAAUUUCACCUCAUUUAUCACAAGGAGAUCAGACGAAAGGAUAAGAUCAUCUUUUCCUUGCCCUCUUCUCCGUCUUUCCAUACCCACGUGUAGUUUCUGUAUGUGGUUUGACCAAAUUCAUCAGAGGAUACGGGAAAUUUCUAUCAUUUUUGUUGCCGAACUAGCGACUGACGGUUAAAUGGCCACUCCGAAAGGCUUCAAGACCAGAAAUUAGGAAGCUGGAAGCAUAAAUGGCCGACACAAGAAAAUCAGAGGAUACGGGAAAUUUCUAUCCUUUCUUGAGACUUUCUCUCAACGGGGGCUCAUCCUUGCAUGAACUUCUCCGUGGAUUACACGAAGCGCAUACUUCACUCCACAGGGCUUCCUCCUUAUUAAAAUAUCUAACUAGCGGUCUCUGGGUCGCUCCUCCAAAGUCCCCGGCCUCACCUCGAUCAGCUUAAACAGGAAAUAAGAGAGGAAGACGAAAAGGAGAGGAUUUUAGUAUCCCUGAGUAACAUAAAGGAUCUAAAAUGGUAAGCUUUUCAUUUCUCUACUGUGGUGAGAGACGACAGUAACACAAUCUCAAUUAUCGGUGACGUGAUCAAUAUGACAUAUCCUAUUAUGAAAACAGUAACCUGGUUUAGAAAAAGAAGAAGAAAAUAGUUGCAAAUAUUCUUCUCGUCCGAAGUUAUACUGGACAGUGGCACGAUUGUACGUAGGCACUUCUAUCUUGCCGACCCAUUAAUAGAAACUUAUACGUCCUUUCAUUAUCUAUUUCAGGCCUUCCCCUUUAAUGCCCCUGACUAGAAGCUUCUUCGGUAGCUCAUUCAGGCCGUCUCUCCCUAGUGACUCUAGUCUUCUGCACUUUAAACAAAGAAGAAUAAUACAGCAGUAAGAAGAAGAGACAUUCCCUUUGAUCCACUAUUUAAGCAUUCCUUUUCCUUCCGUCUGGAGUAUAUGGCCAUGGCAGAGCUUGCGGAGGACUUCGGUAGCUUCAGAACCCUCGCCACCCUCAUGGGACUGGAUCCAAGCUUUGACCUGAUUGACGAUUUCUCCACAGCCAUUGAGAACCCCAGCUUUCAUCUGAGGAGCUUCUCCGAUAACAGCUUCUCACUGCCUCAGCCGCUCCAACAAUUGUCGGCGCCGCACGCUGAGAGCAUGCCUUGGUGCCCGCCGGCGGAAUGCCCUUAUCCGGUUCCAGGCGUCGCGCUUCUCGGUGUUUCUGUCAUCGGAAAGGAGGAGAUCAUCUCAUCUGACGGCGGCGCAGUACCCCCCUCAAAUGACGAUGGAGGAGAAGUGGAGACCGAGACGAAGACCGUAUGUGCCAAUCCGUACUCAUCAUUCACUAGUUACUGUUGCUCGGGUUUCCUCUCAGUUUUUGUAUUUUUAAAAAAAAAACAGUUGUUCACUAGUUACUGUUGCUCGAGAGGAGAAGUUUAUUUAACACAAUAGUGCUAAUUAGAUUCAUUAUGCCUAAUGAUAAGUUUGCUAGUAUGUGGUAUCAGCUUUAGCGUUGAUAAACCAUUCUUUACUUUUUGACGUUGUAGAGAAAAGGCAACUUCUCUAGAUGUAGUCAUUAGAUAGAUGGAGAGAGAAAAAGAAGCUUUCAUCCUUUUCGGAUUUUUAAUAAUUGGCGAUAUUUCCUUCACUAAGUUUGCCAUUGUGAUGUUUUUAUAUGGGAAAAUGUACCAUAUUCUACGUAUAUUCGAAAUGACUUGCUGCUGAUGGUCUGAAUAUUUAUUUUUAGGGACCACGGAGGGGGAAGAGAAGGCACAGUUGUGGGGAAGAGAAGCCUGCGGGGGUCGUCCAUGUGAGGGCGAAGAGAGGCCAAGCCACAGAUAGACACAGCCUAGCCGAGAGAGUAAGGGCCCGGUCACUGCGCACAAAUUCUCUCUCUCUCUCUCUCUCUCUCUCUCUCUUGCUCGCUCGCUCGCUCUGUAGUUAUAUCCAUAUAUCUUGAUGCACACAUAGGUACAUCUUCCAUAAUUAAAUUUAUCUAUGUAAAUAAUAUGCCCGCACAAAUCGUUUCUGGCCUUCAGAAAACAUCCUAGUCACUUGGUUUAUGCACGAUGCAGGUGAGAAGAGAGAAGAUAAACGAAAAGAUGAGGCGCCUGCAGACCCUGGUCCCCGGCUGCUACAAGGUAGCCCAUACCUCUCUCUCUCUCUCGCUUGCUCGCUCGCUCUCUCUCUCCUCUUUGAUCACACUGCUUUCUCUUCCUGAAUUACGGAGCAGGCGAUGGGCACCACGGUGAUGUUGGACGAGAUAAUUAACUACGUCAGGUCACUGCAGAACCAGGUGGAGGUGAGCCCAGAUCAUGGAUUCCUCUGCCCUUUCUCCAUCCCCAUGUUUGCUUAUCCUCGGGCAGCUCUUUCCGCAGUUUCUAUCCAUGAAGCUCUCCGCCGCCGCUGCCCUCUGUGACUUUACCCUGAGCGAGGCUGAUCUGGCUGCUGCGGUGAUGCCUAAAUUGCGGCCUUCGGUAGUACAGCCCUCCGCUCUUCUCUCUUUCAUUGGAUUUAUGUUAGACUAGUCCAGUGUUGCAUCGAGACACUAAAGAAUGUGGCUAAAAUACUUGGGUAUACUUUAGUCGGUAUUCUUCUGCAUGAUUACUUUUAUUUUAUUAUCGACCUAUGUUCCAUCUUGUUAGAUACCUCAUCCCCACUUAUUAUCCAUCGAGCAUGUUUAGAUAUUUGAUGAAAAUAUUACCUACAGUCUAUAUUUGAGAUACAUAAACAAGUAUAUGCAUGGAUAUAUAGCUACUCCAAAAAGGUUGACAAGAGAGGCGGAUCUCAUGUUGCAGGUUGGGCAUCAUGCGGACUAUCAGGUUCAAGAGAUGGAUGGGCUGAUGAUUAGGGAAUACGAAGGGCUGGGAGGCAUUGAGGCAGCAAUACCCUUCUGA